CAUGACAAGCAAAUGCGUGUUCCGGUCCACAAGCAGCAUUUCACUCGGUCCAUCGCAUUUCCUCUGGGUACGCCACGCGAGAUUCGUUAGGCUCCUCACUUCUGAACUUAUCAGCGUACGGUCCCUUGCACAGAACAACAACCACAUUCCAGAGACGCGGACCGCCACACUACAGAACAAUGGCCUCGACAUCAGAACGGCACGCAUCAUCUCCAACGUUGCUCGGCAAGCCGCUAGACAUUCCCAAAUGGGUUGCGGCAAAUAGCCAUCUGCUUCAGCCACCCAUCAACAACUUCUGUGUUUAUGCAGAUCCUAUGACGGUCAUGAUCGUCGGUGGUCCCAAUGCUCGCACAGACUACCACAUCAACGUCACACCAGAAUUCUUCUACCAGUACAAGGGCCGCAUGCUUCUCAAGACCGUCCAGGCUGGCAAGUUUGUGGAUAUAUACAUCAACGAGGGAGAGUUGUUCCUCCUGCCAGGCAACACACCCCAUAAUCCGGUUCGUUUUGCUGAUACAGUGGGGAUUGUGAUCGAACAGCCCCGUCCCGAUGGUAGCGUGGACCGUCUGCGCUGGUAUUGCCAAGAUUGCGGAGAGCAGGUCCAUGAAGCCAGCUUCCACUGUACGGAUCUUGGAACUCAGAUCAAGGAGGCAGUCCAGAACUUUGAGAAUGAUCAGGCGGCAAGAAAGUGCGGCAAGUGUGGUGAAUUAUGCGACGUCAAGCCAAAGCCAGACGUUAUGGAGCGCAUGAGAACAGCACCAUCGUAGUUUUCCGCGCGGAAUCAUCACGAGAUUUCGUGCGUGCGAGGCUUUUUCCAGAGGUUGCCAAUGGCGGGGAUGUGCCAAUAUUGAAUGAGGCGUUCGGUGGUUGUUUUGGAGUGGCGCACGAAGUAGUGCGGAUGCCUUGGCCAGGUGGAUAGGCUCUCGCCGAAUUCGACUAAGCAGAUUUUGAGUCAAGUAAUGGAACGCUUCAUAUUUUAUUUUGGUGGUUUCGUGAAACGGCCAAUGUUGGUCAGUGGGA